GCAGUUCACAGAAGAUAUGAUUCCUACAGUAGGCUUCAAUAUGAGAAAAAUAACAAAAGGAAAUGUUACCAUAAAGGUAUGGGACAUUGGAGGGCAGCCAAGGUUUCGAAGCAUGUGGGAGCGUUAUUGCAGAGGAGUCAAUGCAGUUGUUUACAUGGUGGAUGCAGCGGACUUAGAAAAAGUAGAAGCUUCAAAGAAUGAGCUGCACAGUUUGAUAGAUAAGCCGCAAUUGCAUGGAAUUCCAGUGUUAGUCCUUGGAAAUAAAAGAGACCUCCCAGGUGCACUGGAUGAAAAGCAGUUAAUUGAGAAAUUAAACCUUUCAGCUAUUCAAGACAGAGAAAUCUGUUGCUAUUCGAUUUCCUGUAAAGAGAAGGAUAACAUUGACAUAACAUUACAAUGGCUUAUUCAGCACUCCAAAUCAAGACACUGUUGAAGAAAACUUUCACUGAAGAUAACUCUUCCCCAAUCACUUUGACUCCUCUCUAUACAAGUAAAAAGAUAAAGAAUGCAACUGCAUACUACCAGGACUCACUUUGAUCAUAUUUGUUAACAGAAGUAAAACUGAGUUAUAGCUUGUCUCUCUAUCUUGGUUCUUUUUUAAAAAUCCCAGUACCUGUCUGCCUAGGUGAAAUUCCUGAACGCCUUAAUACAAGACUGAAAGACAUCAAUACUUUUUUGGGCUGAAAUGUUUGAGUUAAUGCAUGUGAAUUGUCAAAUACUUAGUAAUUUUUUUCUAAUUUGAAACUGAAUAAACUGCACAGUGGAAA